CGAUGUGUAUUCGUACGCGUCGUUUUGUACUUACGUUUCCUCGGCUUCUCGUGUUGCAUACGACAAAUACCUACACCACCGCAAUUAACGUUAUCCCGUCGGCUGACGGCCCUUUGCCAUCCCUCUGUCACCAAGGCUGUUCGAAACGUAGACUAAGUCGCCGGAGAUGACGCGCAAGCUACUAAAUAGAGCGCAAAGCAGCACGCAUUGAGGACGCUGGUGACAGUAUCGUCAUUGAAAUUUUCUUUCUCUAUGGUAUCGUGAUGCUGGGGGCUCUCACUGGGACCCGUCAAGGCCCGGCAACCGGAACGAGAGCCUCGGCGCAUAAACCCCGCGUUUCCGCGCGUCGCCCUCCAUCGCGGCGGCGGGCCGACACGAUGGGAGAGGGCGAAAAUCGCGCCUCGCACGGUUUCACCAAUGGGCGACGACGAUGAGCUGCCAGUCACGGCCCCGCCCCUGCACGCUGGCCACACCGCUUGGAAAGUUUCUCGCUGGCGGCAGUGGCGUUUGUUUGCAGGCGCGACUGAGCCACUUGGUCGGCCUUAGUGUACGUUCGUCUAGUCAGCGAGCAACAGCCGUCGAGGCCGGUUGCAUGCGAGCGCAUCGCGGAUGUGCGGAGGGAGCAUGCCGCAGCACCGCGAGAAUCGAGUCCGGCCGGCGGACGAGCACGCGGCGGCGCAGUACCACCACCCAGCAGCAAUGGAGGUGUGCUGCGUGCCGACGGGCUGUCACCUGCUGGGCGAGCCGAUUCGCGUGGACGACCUGAGCGACGCCGUCAGGGUGAUCUGCAACAACGAGCAGUGCCCGCAGAGUCCGUUCAUGCACCGCACCUGUUUCGAGGAGUGGGAGAGCUCGGUGCUGUCCUUCCUGCGCUCGACGGGACGCGCGCGCUCGUGGAGCGAGAAGCAGCGCCUGCAGAAUCUGUGGACCAAGAAAGGCUACGACUUGGCGUACAAGGCGUGUGGCUGCCGCUGCGGCAAGGGGCACCUGCGCAAGGACCUCGACUGGAUUCCUCCGGUGGCCGACCGGAAGAAGAAGCAGCGACGCAGAAAGGGAAACGACAAGCCCACGCUGGCCCUGAACGGCGCCAAGCCGCCGAGCAGCGGAGGCCUGCCUGUGACGCGGCUACGCAGCUCGAGCAUGUCGAGCACCGGCUCCGGGGGCAGCCCGCCGAGCUCGUCGUCCGAGUUCCCGCCGUCGCCGACGCGCGGCCUAGCCGACCGCGAGGGCUCUGGCCUGUUCUCGCGUCGCCAAGACUACUCGUCCUUCAACACGCUGCCGCGGCACAAGAUCAACGCGUACCACAUUAAGAUGGAAGACGAAGGCGACGACAUCCGUUGCUUCAUUCUGACCACGCUCAGCGCCAACAAGAUGUCGCGCAUCCCGUGCAUCGUGUGCCAGACGGCGAUGAGCGUGUUCGACCGCUACCCGCUGGUUGACGGCACGCUGUUCCUCUCGCCGCGCCAGCACAACCCGGGCUCGGUGCUGGUGCGCGUCGACGAGCGGCCCCAGUACCUGAACGCCGUCUGCAUGACCUGCCUGGAAGGCUGGCAGGUGCGGCUCGCCUGUCGCGGCUGCGGCGCGCGCUGGAGCGGCCGCCACCUCAUACUGGGCACCAUGUACGCGUACGACAUUUUCGCCGCCACGCCGUGCUGCGACGAGCGGCGGCGCUGCGCCAGCUGCCGAGAGCCCGUCAUCGGCGCCGACCGGUCGCUGCCGUACUUCAGCGACUACAGCCACAGCAUCUGCUGCGCGCAUUGCGGCGCCAGGGACUACCACUUCGUCAAGUCGCUCGGCACGUACGCCAGGGUAUGAAGUGGCGCUUUUUUUUUUUUUGAAGGUGGCCGCUUCUGUUUUGUUUUCAAAGUUUAUGUACUUGGUUGGUUUGCUGUUCUUCCCCUCCCCCCUUUUUUUUCCCCGUUAGCGAAUCGCGGUGCUGUUGUGUGUACUCGCCAAGGGCCAGCCAUACAAUCAUUCGGCUGACUACUGUUUGUUCGGUGUUGUGUCGUUUCAACGGAAAGCGAUGUGCCCGGUUUUGGACAAGUACAAAAGAUAUUCAUCACAGUAUAACGCCAUCUCUGAGUGUUAGUUGCCGCGCUGCUCAGUGUCGUGUGUACAUAGCUUUUCGAAUGCAAAGCGCGUCAGUUGACCAUCUCAUUGUCACUGGACGUGUAAUUAUUGGUCACGGCUGCUCACAUUGCCCCGUCUAACGCACAAAUGUCAGAGUAGGCCAUCGCGGGCAGAUUGUGAGCAAGCCUGCGAAGUGUUGGUCCUCGCAGAGCCUUGAGAAGGGUGCCGGUACCCUACUUUCAGCCGCUCGAUAAUUUCUCGCUGGCCGCGGUAUCUGUGUGAAUCACGGUUUCCGUGCUUCGGCUAUUGCUGUGUCGGCAGCCGUCUCGCUUCCGCUGAACGUGCCGCCCUCACGAUUCAGCCAAGCUGACUGAGGGUAUUGUCUGUAGCACUGAUUUGAAUAUUUAGCAGCCGUCGAAUGGGCGGUAUGCCGUGGUGUAGUGUUGCAAUCAGUAAGCGUCGUUUUAUCGGGAAACGCGCAGAGCGCCGCUCCGAGACGACCUCGUGACAGUGCGAUCAUUCCUCUGGCCACUUGUGUUGCAUGGAUUGUGCUCAGACUGCGGGUUUGUACAACUUUUCCACUUUACGGGCAUAUAGUGGCAACUGUGGUUCACACGAGAGUAAUUAUGCAAUAAAAAAAGUAUAUAUUUUUUUUUCGCGUGUGAAUCCAAAAGCGGAACGGCGCUACUUGAUGCUAAGUGUUCAUGGUGCUGCUGGCAUGGCUCGUGAUAUAUCGUGUGCAAAUGUGUGCAGUUCUCACCUCUGAUUGUGUUAUAAGAAAGGCAUCAGCAAACGCUGUAUGCAGCCGGCUUGCGAAGAUGCAUUGUUCCUUCUGGUCAGUCGCUCCCUUGCGCUGUGAAGACGUCAGCACUUCGUACGUACUCUUCCGAGUGAAGGAAAGGUAAACCGUAAACUUUUUGUUUGUUCCUAACGGGCACGCGAGUUGUCAUGCGUGUGUUGUUAAAUUUGUAUCCCGCUAUCUGUCAGUGUAUACAUCCAUUGUCAUUGUUGCUCGUGUUUUUCCAAGGUGAAUCCACACGUCUCAUUUCCCGCCCUGUUUGUAAAGUGUGAGAAGAGCCUUAUGCACUCCUUUCUAAAUGCCAAACAUCUGCGCUUUUUUUUUUAUUCACGCGAAGAUACGAAGACAGCGCCAGCGGAAGUGUGUAUUCGUGUGUGGAAUGUCUUUGCAAAACGAUCUGUAGUGGAUUGGACUUAAUCGCUGCUGGACUCGUUCUACCUCUCGGGGAGGAUGUUCAAACGCUGCCAUGAGGCCGCAGAGUCGACGCAAACAUAUUUUGCCGCCUGGCGCUUCUGCGAGCUAGCAACUGUGUGUCUUUGAUAUGAAAAGGCAAUCCGGCAGCUAUCGAGCAAAAUAAGAUUUUACUUUAUUUUUUCUUCGCGAGGGGCCAGUCAUGGGAGCAUAAAUUAUUUGCCCAAUAAAACCAUGCCCUCAUGUUUGGAA